UACUUCCUAUUUAUUCGCCACCCUCCCCAUUCAUCCCUUUCGUCACUGCUUCAGAUUGCUUCUCCUCUCGUCUGUCUUCGACCUCUCGGUAAAAUGGGGACCCGAGUUAAAGCAAUUGCUUUCACCUUUUUCCUUUCAAGCCUGUUCUUUUCUCUUGCAUUUUCUGCAUUGGAUGAUGAAUUGCUAAGAAUAGGACUUAAAAAGAUGAAGUUUGAUCAAAACAAUCGACUUGCUGCUCGUCUUGAGUCGAAGGAUGCAGACAAAUUGAGAGCCUCAAUUAGGAAGUACAAUUUCCGGGGUAAAUAUGGUGAGUCUGCAGAUACUGACAUUGUUGCUCUGAAGAACUACAUGGAUGCCCAGUCUUUUGGAGAGAUUGGUAUUGGUACUCCUCCGCAGAAAUUCACUGUGAUCUUUGACACUGGUAGCUCCAAUCUGUGGGUGCCCUCUGCCAAAUGUUACUUUUCUGUUCCUUGUUUUUUCCACUCCAAGUACAAGUCCAGCCAGUCAAGUACUUACAAGAAGAAUGGAAAAUCCGCUGCUAUCCAGUAUGGGACUGGGGCUAUCUCUGGAUUCUUCAGUGAGGACAACGUCAAAGUCGGCCACCUAGUUGUGAAGAACCAGGAGUUUAUUGAGGCAACGAAAGAACGUGGUGUUACAUUUUUGGUGGCCAAGUUUGAUGGCAUCCUGGGACUUGGUUUCAAAGAGAUCUCAGUUGGAAAUUCAACUCCAGUGUGGUACAACAUGGUCAAGCAAGGUCUCGUUAAAUGCAUGCUCUCUGCUUAAAACCAUGCCCCAGGGUGUGUCAGUUGUGCUACUGGAAGCUAUUGGAAAAUCGGAAUAGGAGAGCACUCAUACUUGUGCUACUGGAAGCUAUCGGAAAGUCGGAAUACUCACAGUUAGUACUGUUAUCAUGGCGAGAAUUACUUGUCAAACCUCUUUAUUCGAUUUUGAACUCAAACCUGACAGUGGCUCCUAAUCAAGCCGCGCCGCGCGAGCAAUCGUGUCGAAUAGACAUUGUUUAUCUGAGAAAUAACAACACAGAGGGAUGAUGGCAUCUAGCACCAGUCGUCUAGUGGUAGAAUAGUGGCUCGAUUCCCGGCUGGUGGUGCAAAGUACUAUGAUGAUUAUUCCCAUUUUGUUAAUAUUGAGGUAAUUUUACUCAUUUU